CGAGCGUGGUUGAGUACGUCUCGUAUUGUGAUAUUCUGACGAUUGGUUCGCGACCUGAACAGAAACAGAAACUGACCACUCCGUCAGCAACCGGACGCCGGAAAUCGUCAUGACAACAGGGAGUAUGAGGACUGGUAUACCUUGAUGACGUCAUGGAAAAAUGUGAAGGAUCACCAAUUAACUGACGUCAUGGGAUAUGUGUUAUGAUCACCGAUUAUGACGUCAUAUAAUUAUUUCUAAGGAUUGACGUCGCGGAAACAAGUCAACCAAUCAUGAGGAACAGGCAAGCCGGUAAAAUUGCCAUGUGGGUUUUCGGAAAGGUGAAGGUAUUUGUGGCAUUGCUGUUGUUGAUAUCAGUAACCAUGACAAUACGCGCACUACUACAGACAGAAUUUGAGUCCGUGAACUUUGUAUAUAAAGGGAUGGUGAAGAAAUUGUCGCGCGCUCACCGGGACGGUCUGCUUCAGAUUCAGGGCAUAAUGCCAUUCCGAAUCAGCAAUAUUUCGAAGUUUAACGAGAGGAUGUCUGCAUCUCCAAAAAACGUAACCUUUGUGAAAGUGAAGACGCCGAAUGGCACGGUUACAUUGCCACCAUCGAAACCGCAGAAAGUCAUAGGGAUACCAAACAUUAAAAUUCAAAGAUUACAUCUUACGACGCUCGGAUUUAGAUACCCGAUGCACGUGAACUUACGCGAGGCAUAUAAUAUAAAAACUCUCAACGGGACAAAUAUUAUUAAAGACACUCCCAUCAACCCUCAUCCUUUCAAGUACAUCCAUCAGCCUAAAUCGUGCGAAUUCAGACCCAACGCGUCCCACCCUCUUCUCAUCUUGGUCAAGUCGGCUGUCCGAAACUCACUCAUCCGAGACGGUGUCCGACGUACGUGGGGAAACAUCAAAGAUUUGGAUAUUCGUCUUGUGUUUGUACUUGGUAUGAACUCAAGUGAUGCGGAACUACAGCGUUCAGUGGACCGUGAAGCGGAACUGUACCAAGACAUUGUUCAAGAAGAUUUUACUGACAUAUAUCAAAAUAACACGUACAAGACUAUAAUGGCGUUCAACUGGGGCGUGGAACACUGCCCGGGGGCAAAGGUCAACUACUUCGUUGACGACGAUUACUUGGUGCUUCUUCCCAAUCUUUUGCAAUACAUCCGGCGCUUGACGUCGAAGAACUUGGAAAAUGUAUUCAUGGGACUGUUGGUACCGCAUUCCCGCCCUUUUUCAGACCCUAAGUCGAAGUGGUUUGUACCUUUGUCUGAAUAUCAGUAUGAUUUCUGGGUACCUUAUCUAGCCGGAGGCGCCUUUCUGGUAUCAAACAAAGUCAUGCGCAAGUUUGUAUUCGCCUUCCCGUAUGUCAAGUUCCUGCGCAUUGACGAUUCUUACUUAGGCAUUGUGGCUUAUAAGUUAGGUAUUAAGCCCCAAGCAAACAUGCUUUUCAAUUAUAACCGCGCGGCCAUCAGAAUGGAUGCGCGUGCUCGCUGGUUCUCUAGUCACGGAUUUAAAGACCCCGUGACACUGGAGAAGUACUGGAAAACUCUCAUGUCUUAUCUGACGUAGAGAUUGUGUUGAGAUAUCCUCGGGAUGAGGCGGCAAUCAUGUGACCUUUGGGGGUACCGGAACUUCCGGAAGUCAAUGUUGGUUUUUGACUGGUGUAUCAUUACACACCCUAAAGUAAUUAAGAUACAUGUGUUCCAUUGUACUGGAAUGACUAAAGGUAGAUAACUCUCCCGUUUACUGGUAUGACUCAAGGUAGAUAACUCUUCCAUGAACUGGUAUUACUAAAGGUAGAUAACUCUCGUUUACUGGUAUGACUAAAGGUAGAUAACUCUCCCGUUUACUGGUAUGACUCAAGGUAGAUAACUCUUCCAUGAACUGGUAUUACUAAAGGUAGAUAACUCUUCCAUGAGCUGGUACUACUAAAGGUAAUUAACUAUCCCGUUUACUGGUAUGACUCAAGGUAGAGAACUAUCCGUGUAUGUCUGACUAAAGGUAGACAACUCUCCCGUUUACUGGUAUGACUAAAGGUAGACAACUCUCCCGUUUACUGGUAUGACUCAAGAUAGAUAACUCUCCCGUUUACUGGUAUGACUCAAGAUAGAUAACUCUCCCGUUUACCGGUAUGACUCAAGAUAGACAACUCUCCCGUUUACUGGUAUGACUCAAGAUAGAUAACUCUCCCGUUUACUGGUAUGAUUCAAGGUAGAUAACUCUCCCGUUUACCGGUAUGAUUCAAGGUAGAUAACUCUCCCGUUUACCGGUAUGAUUCAAGGUAGAUAACUCUCCCGUUUACCGGUAUGAUUCAAGGUAGAUAACUCUCCCGUUUACCGGUAUGAUUCAAGGUAGAUAACUCUCCCGUUUACCGGUAUGACUCAAGGUAGAUAACUCUCUCGUUUACCGGUAUGAUUCAAGGUAGAUAACUCUCCCGUUUACCGGUAUGAUUCAAGGUAGAUAACUCUCCCGUUUACCGGUAUGAUUCAAGGUAGAUAACUCUCCCGUUUACCGGUAUGAUUCAAGGUAGAUAACUCUCCCGUUUACCGGUAUGAUUCAAGGUAGAUAACUCUCCCGUUUACCGGUAUGAUUCAAGGUAGAUAACUCUCUCGUUUACCGGUAUGAUUCAAGGUAGAUAACUCUCCCGUUUACCGGUAUGAUUCAAGGUAGAUAACUCUCCCGUUUACCGGUAUGAUUCAAGGUAGAUAACUCUCCCGUUUACCGGUAUGAUUCAAGGUAGAUAACUCUCCCGUUUACCGGUAUGAUUCAAGGUAGAUAACUCUCCCGUUUACCGGUAUGACUCAAGGUAGAUAACUCUCUCGUUUACCGGUAUGAUUCAAGGUAGAUAACUCUCCCGUUUACCGGUAUGAUUCAAGGUAGAUAACUCUCCCGUUUACCGGUAUGAUUCAAGGUAGAUAACUCUCCCGUUUACCGGUAUGAUUCAAGGUAGAUAACUCUCCCGUUUACCGGUAUGAUUCAAGGUAGAUAACUCUCCCGUUUACCGGUAUGAUUCAAGGUAGAUAACUCUCCCGUUUACCGGUAUGAUUCAAGGUAGAUAACUCUCCCGUUUACCGGUAUGAUUCAAGGUAGAUAACUCUCCCGUUUACCGGUAUGAUUCAAGGUAGAUAACUCUCUCGUUUACCGGUAUGAUUCAAGGUAGAUAACUCUCCCGUUUACCGGUAUGAUUCAAGGUAGAUAACUCUCUCGUUUACUGGUAUGACUCAAGGUAGAUAACUCUCUCGUUUACCGGUAUGAUUCAAGGUAGAUAACUCUCCCGUUUACUGGUAUGACUCAAGGUAGAUAACUCUCCCGUUUACUGGUAUGACUAAAGGUAGAUAACUCUCUCGUUUACUGGUAUGACUAAAGGUAGACAACUCUCUCGUUUACUGGUAUGACUAAAGGUAGAUAACUCUCUCGUUUACUGGUAUGACUCAAGAUAGAUAACUCUCCCGUUUACCGGUAUGACUAAAGGUAGAUAACUCUCCCGUUUACUGGUAUGACUCAAGAUAGAUAACUCUCUCGUUUACUGGUAUGACUCAAGGUAGAUAACUCUCCCGUUUACCGGUAUGACUAAAGGUAGAUAACUCUCCCGUUUACCGGUAUGACUCAAGAUAUAGAUAACUCUCCCGUUUACCGGUAUGACUCAAGAUAGAUAACUCUCCCGUUUACCGGUAUGACUCAAGAUAGAUAACUCUCCGUGUACUGGAAUGACUAAAGGUAGAUAACUCUACCGUUUACUGGUAUGAUUAAAGAUCGAUAACUCUCCGUGCAUGUCUGAUUAAAGGUAGAUAACUCGUCGUGAAGGUCCGACUAAAGAUAGAUAAAUGUUCAUGUAUGUCUGACUGUCUGACUAAAGGUAGAUAACUCUCCCGUGUACUGGUAUGACUAAAGGUAGAUAACUCUCCGUGAAUGUCUGACUAAAGAUAGAUAACUGUGUGACUAAAGGUAGAUAACUCGUCGUGUAUGUCUGACUAAAGGUAGACAACUCUUCCAUGUACUGAUAUUACUAAAGGUAGAUAACUCUUCCGUCUACUGGUACUUUUCUGUGUACUGGUGUUUAUAAGGUAGCUAUAUAGAUAAAUAGCCCACCUUCUUAUAAAUUCUCCAAUUUUUAUACUGUUGACAUUUCCUGUUAGUUUUCAUCCUUUUCAUGUUUUUCACUUUUGGAAUAAACAUUUUUGAUAUUCACA